UGCUCACAUUCAGUGGCUUUGCUGGGGGCUGGCAUCCUCUGGGACCUGGAGGACACAGAUGCAAUGGCGCCCUGGCGCAAGACUGAGAAGGAGAGGAGCGGCGUGGCCAUAUACAACUUUAAAGGUGCAGGAGAAUCACAGUUACCCCUGCAGAUUGGUGAUGUGGUCCAUAUAUUGGAGUCCUGUGAAGAUUGGUACAAGGGAUACCUAGUAAGACACAAAGGGUUCGAGGGAAUAUUUCCUAAAUCUUUUAUCCACAUCAAAGAAGUUACUGUUGAAAAGAAAAGAAAUACAGAGAAUAUAGUACCUGCUGAAAUUCCAUUGGUGCAAGAAGUUACCACUACAUUAUGGGAAUGGGGAAGCAUUUGGAAACAACUCUAUGUGGCAAACAAAAAAGAGCGGUUCCAGCAGGUACAAUCUAUGAUGUACGACCUAAUGGAGUGGAGGUCACAGCUUCUGUCGGGAACACUGCCCAAAGAUGAACUGAAAGAACUCAAACAGAAAGUCACCUCCAAAAUUGACUAUGGCAACAAGGUACUUGAGCUAGAUCUAAUAGUUAGAGAUGAAGAUGGAAAUAUCUUGGAUCCAGAUAAAACCAGCGUCAUUAGCCUAUUUCAUGCACAUGAAGAAGCUACUAAUAAAAUUACGGAGCGGAUUAAAGAAGAAAUGUCACUUCUAGAGAAUUGUAUUCCGGACUAUGGAACGUACUCCCGCAUCUCCUCAUCCCCCACCUACAGCCUUUACGUCUUUGUAAGAAACUUUGUAUGCCGAAUAGGAGAGGAUGCAGAACUCUUCAUGUCAUUAUAUGAUCCCCAGAAACAUACAAUUAUAAGUGAAAAUUACUUGGUGAGAUGGGGGAGUAAAGGUUUUCCAAAGGAGAUUGAUAUGCUCAACAAUCUGAAAGUGGUGUUCACUGAUCUUGGAAACAAAGAUCUUAACCGAGACAAAGUUUAUUUGAUUUGUCAAAUAGUCCGGGUUGGAAGAAUGGAUCUAAAAGAUAGCAAUACAAAAAAAUGCACUCAAGGAUUGCGACGGCCUUUUGGUGUGGCAGUUAUGGAUAUUACAGAUACCAUAAAAGGUAAAGCGGAAAGCGAUGAAGAGAAGCAGCAUUUUAUUCCCUUUCAUCCGGUGGUGGCAGAGAAUGAUUCUUUGCACAGUCUCUUAGGCAAAGUCACAGCAUCAAAAGGAGACAGUGGCGGACAAGGUCUGUGGGUAACUAUGAAAAUGCUUGUUGGAGACAUGAGUCAGAUUAGGAAGGACUACCCGCAUCUUGUUGACAGGACAACAGUUGUUGCAAGGAAGCUGGGAUUCCCUGAAAUAAUCAUGCCAGGGGAUAUAAGAAAUGAUAUUUAUGUUACACUGACUACGGGUGAUUUUGAUAAGUACAAUAAAACAACCCAGAGAAAUGUGGAAGUGAUCAUGUGUGUCUGUGAUGAAGAAGGAAAAGUGAUACCAAAUGCAAUUUGUUUGGGAGCAGGGGACAAACCUGUAAGUGAAUACAGAUCAGUUCUCUACUAUCAGGUCAAACAGCCACGCUGGAUGGAAACAUUAAAGGUGGCAGUCCCCAUUGAAGACAUGCAAAGAAUACAUCUGCGUUUCAUGUUCAGACAUAGGUCAUCUCAAGAGUCUAAAGACAAAGGAGAAAAGAAUUUUGCAAUGGCCUAUGUAAAGCUAAUGAAGGAGGAUGGUACAACUCUUCAAGAUGGCUCCCAUGAGUUGGUAGUAAUAAAGGGUGAUAGUAAGAAAAUGGAGGAUGCCGGUGCUUAUUUGACUCUACCUUCCUGUCGCCAACAUGUGGAGAAUAAAGGAUUGACCUUAAGCCGAAGUGCUAGCAGUGUAGGAGGACUCUCAGUAAGCGCACGGGAUGCCUUUUCUAUUUCAACUCUGGUUUGUUCAACAAAGCUAACUCAAAAUGUGGGUUUACUGGGUCUUUUGAAGUGGCGCAUGAAACCAGAACUGCUGCAGGAAAAUUUAGAAAAACUGAAGAUUGUGGAUGGGGAGGAAGUUGUGAAGUUUCUCCAAGACACUUUGGAUGCCCUGUUUAACAUCAUGAUGGAACAUUCCCAUAGUGAUGAAUAUGACAUUCUAGUCUUUGAUGCCCUGAUUUAUAUAAUAGGACUUAUUGCAGACAGGAAAUUUCAACAUUUCAAUACUGUUCUGGAGGCUUAUAUCCAACAGCACUUCAGUGCAACUUUGGCUUACAAGAAACUAAUGACGGUUCUGAAGACUUAUUUGGAUACUUCCAGUAGAGGGGAACAAUGUGAGCCUAUACUAAGAACUUUGAAAGCACUGGAAUACGUGUUCAAAUUCAUUGUUCGGUCAAGAACAUUAUUUUCACAGUUAUAUGAAGGAAAAGAACAAACAGAAUUUGAGGAAUCUAUGAGGAGACUCUUUGAAUCCAUCAACAACCUUAUGAAAAGCCAGUAUAAAACUACCAUUUUGUUGCAGGUUGCUGCCUUGAAAUAUAUACCAUCGGUCCUCCAAGAUGUUGAAACAGUCUUUGAUGCCAAGUUACUUAGCCAACUACUGUAUGAGUUUUACACUUGCAUCCCACCAGUAAAACUACAGAAGCAAAAAGUGCAGUCCAUGAAUGAAAUAGUACGCAGCAACCUCUUUAAAAAACAAGAAUGCAGGGACAUUCUGCUGCCAGUGAUUACAAAAGAACUGAAAGAAUUACUAGAACAAAGGGAAGAGCAACAACUUCAGCUUCAAGAGAAGAAGUACUGUGUAGAAUUACUCAAUAGCAUCCUGGAGGUCCUCAGCUAUCAAGAUGCAGAGUCAACUUAUCAUCACAUUCAAGAACUAAUGGUACAACUACUACGCACAGUGAACAGGACUGUUAUUUCAAUGGGGCGAGAUGACACCUUGAUAAGUCAUUUUGUGGCAUGCAUGACAGCAAUCUUAAACCAAAUGGACAACCAACAUUACUCCUUUUACAUUGAAACCUUUCAGACAAAUUCAGAACUAGUGGACUUUUUGAUGGAAACAUUCAUCAUGUUUAAAGAUCUCAUAGGAAAGAAUGUUUACCCUUCAGACUGGAUGGCAAUGAGCAUGGUGCAGAACAGAGUGUUUUUGAGAGCGAUCAACAAAUUUGCUGAAACCAUGAACCAAAAAUUUCUGGAGAAUAUGGAUUUUGAAGUACAGCUGUGGAACAACUAUUUUCAUCUGGCAGUGGCUUUUAUUACCCAGGAGUCUCUGCAACUAGAACAUUUCUCCCAUGCAAAGUACAAUAAGAUCCUGAAUAAAUAUGGGGAUAUGAGACGUUUAAUUGGCUUUGCUAUCCGUGACAUGUGGUACAAACUUGGCCAGAAUAAAAUCUGCUUUAUUCCGGGGAUGGUUGGACCGAUCUUGGAAAUGACUCUGAUUCCAGAAGUUGAGCUACGAAAAGCCACAAUCCCAAUCUUCUUUGAUAUGAUGCUGUGUGAAUAUCAUAAGACAGGAGAAUUCAAAAAGUUUGAAAAUGAAAUAAUUUUAAAUUUGGACCAUGAAGUGGAAGGAGGACGUGGAGAUGAGCAGUACAUGCAGCUGUUUGAGUCAAUACUCAUGGAAUGUUCUUCAGCGUAUUGUGACAUUUCCAAGACAGUUGAAAAUUUUGUAAACCUAGUUAAAGGGCUUUUGGAAAAGCUGCUGGAUUACCGAACAGUGAUGAAUGAUGAGAGCAAGGACAACCGCAUGAGCUGCACUGUCAACUUAUUGAAUUUCUACAAAGACAUUAACCGUGAAGGGAUGUAUAUAAGAUACUUGUAUAAAUUGCGAGAUCUUCAUUUAGAUUGUGAGAAUUACACAGAAGCUGCAUACGCCCUUCUACUCCAUACCUCGCUCUUGAAGUGGUCCGAUGAACAGUGUGCACCUCAAGUUAUGCAAACAGAAUUCCAGUAUUCACAGACCCAUCGACAGUUGAAAGAGAAUUUGUAUGAAAAAAUUAUAGAAUACUUUGACAAGGGAAAGAUGUGGGAAGAAUCAAUAUCCUUAUGCAAAGAGCUAGCAGAGCAGUAUGAAAUGGAAGUUUUUGACUAUGAACUUCUAAGCCAGAACCUGAUUCAACAAGCUAAAUUUUAUGAAAACAUCAUGAAAAUUCUGAGGCCUAAACCAGAUUACUUUGCCGUUGGAUAUUAUGGCCAAGGAUUUCCCACAUUUCUCAGGAACAAAGUGUUCAUCUACCGUGGGAAAGAGUAUGAGCGGAGAGAAGAUUUCCAAGCACAGUUGAUGAGCCAGUUCCCAAAUGCAGAGAAGAUGAACACUACCUCAGCCCCUGGAGAGGAUAUGAAAAACUCUCCUGGUCAAUACAUUCAGUGCUUUACUGUGCAACCAGUUUUGGAGGAGCAUACCAGAUUCAAAAAUAAGCCAGUACCAGAUCAAAUAAUAAACUUUUAUAAAUCCAACUAUGUUCAACGAUUCCACUACUCAAGACCAGUCAGGAAAGGAUCUGUUGACCCUGAAAAUGAAUUUGCUUCUAUGUGGAUUGAGAGAACAUCAUUUGUUACAGCUUACAAACUUCCUGGAAUUCUGCGUUGGUUUGAGGUUGUCUCCAUGUCACAGGCAACCAUUAGUCCGCUGGAGAAUGCCAUUGAGACAAUGUCCAUGACGAAUGAGAAAAUUUUGAUGAUGAUUAACCAGUACCAGAGUGAUGAAAAUCUUCCCAUUAACCCUCUCUCCAUGCUUCUGAAUGGGAUUGUUGAUCCAGCCGUCAUGGGAGGCUUUGCUAAAUAUGAAAAGGCUUUCUUCACCGAUGAAUAUGCCAAAGACCAUCUAGAGGAUCAAGAAAAGCUGAACCGACUCAAAGACCUGAUUGCUUGGCAGAUACCUUUCCUUGGGGCUGGAAUUAAGAUUCAUGAAAAAAGAGUUUCUGAUAACCUUCGUCCUUUUCACGACCGUAUGGAGGAGUGUUUCAAGCACUUAAAGAUCAAAGUAGAAAAACAAUAUGGAGUCAGAGAAUUGCCAGAUUUUGAUGACAAGAGAGUAGGUCGGCCGAGGUCAGUGCUGAGAUCUUAUCGCCAGAUGUCAGUUAUCUCACUGGCUUCCAUGAAUUCAGACUGUAGCACCCCAGUCAAAAUGGCCUCAGAAAGCUUUGAACUGGAAGUAGCACCACGAAAACCAACCAAAUCAGAGUCAGAAGAAAAUGUCCUGCAGAUAAGCACUCAACCUGAGGUUAAGUUGAGAAGAUCCAAGAAGAGAACAAAAAGAAGCAGUGUGGUAUUUGCAGAUGAAAAAACAGCACCCGAGCUUUCCGAUAUGAAAUGUCUGUCAAGGAAAUACGAGUUUAUGAGUGACACCAACCUCUCUGAACAUCUGGUAGCACCUCAGAAAACAUCUGUUCUCAAGCAAAUGAGCUUUGCCAGUCGUUCUAUGCCAACUAUACCAGGGUUAACUCUGUCAGUAGUCUGUACCCCGGCUCCUGAUGAAACAAAUGCAUCACAAAGGCUAAGCCAGCAAAUUUUUCCCUCUACCUCAGAGGGAGAUAAGAAGACCCUGAAAAAAAAGAGAGUGAACCAGUUCUUUAAAACAAAGCGCAUGUCCAAACCACCUGAAGAUGGAAAGCACUCCGGAGAGCGCCGUUCUGAAUCCUUAUCCACAGAGCUGUGAAUUCUUUCACUUA